UCCCAUCCCUCUCUCUCUCAAACCCUAACAAUAACAAUUCAUAUUUUCAACCCUAAGAAGACUAGCUUCCAUUCACGGCAAGUCUCCAGCUGAAAAUGGAGCAAGAAAAAAUCGAGUCAUCGAGUGCAGAAAAUGAUCAGAACAAGCAGCCCAGCAGCGGCAGGUCAUACGACUGCGCCUUCUGCAAGCGCGGAUUCACAAACGCGCAAGCCCUAGGCGGCCACAUGAACAUUCACAGGAAGGACAAGGCCAAGAAGAAGAAGAAGAAUCAAGAAGUCAUACAGAGCUUCAGCUCCGGUUAUGCUGGGCGGCAUGUCAACUGUCAAGUUUACAUGCCCCCACCAAACCCUGGCCUCCAAACGGGAAAUUACGAGUACUGUUUCUUUCCUGUUUGGAGGCCUGAUAAUUUGCCGGAUCAUAUUGAUGGGCCUCGGAGUCUGAUGCACGUUGAAGAUGAAGACGAAGAAGAAGUCGAUUUAGAGCUUCGUCUCGGUCGAUUAUUGUGAUCAAAUUUGGUGGAAAAGAUUGCAGAAAUGUGAGUUGAUAUAUAUAUAUAUAAAUAUGUAGAAUAACUUUAUUUUUAUUUAAGUUUUUGUUGCUGAGGCAUUUGAAUGAAUUCUUGAUUAAUUUUAGGUUUAGAUAUAUAUAAAUAUACACAUUUGUUUGAUUUAUAGUUGAUCAGUGAUUGAUUCAUUUACAAA